AUGGUUGCCUGCGUGGAGUAUGACGCCCACUACAAUGGCUGCAGCUAUGGUCUGUUCAUGUUCGAUGUUACAGAAGAAAAUGGGAGAUUGAUGACAAUAGGGGCCACAGAGAGACAUGCGAAACCAGAAACUCACACGUAUAUUUUUAAAUGCUCAAUGGACGGUGGCAAUCACCUAAACAAAUACCUUGUGAAAGUUGAUGUUGUCAUCGAACGGCACAAAGUAGCCCAGCUUGGAGGACCUCAGCCAGAAUUUCCACGUGAACAGUCCAAUCAUGAUCAAAAUCCAUAUUGUCAGGACCCAAAUCCUCCUCCAAUUUUCUUGCAAGAAAUAAAGCAAUUUGGUGCUUAUUCUCCUCAAUCGGCCCCGGUGCCUGAGCCCGUGGAGGUUCUGGCUCAGGGCUUGGCUCGUGUAGCUGAGGGCUUGACUGCAUUUUCUACCCGACCUAACUCGCCAAACUUUAUCAAUUCAAAAUGGAUUAAAAAAGAGGGGGCAUAUGAGCGUGUUUAG